AUGGACGUUUUUCAUGGUACUUUGGAUCAACCUCAUUUGUAUCCGCUUUAUACCGCAAUCAGUUUCUACGCUGCUGUUUUUGUGAUCGGCGAGAUUUCACGAGUGGUACGCUUUUUUGUGUCUGUUUUCAUUUAUUUCUGAAUUUACACUCACACUGGUCAUUUUUUCUGUCAAACAGAAUUUUUUCUCACAUCAAACCGUUUUCAGCUAGUGGAUAAAUUUAUCACUCGCAGGGGAAGUUCCCAUGAUUUCUUGAUCGAGUUGAUCGGCACCAUUCAAAUGUGCACUUGCGUUUAUGAGAAUGGUUCGUGAUAGUUUCAAAUUCCCACGCUUGUUUUUUCAAGGAAUCAUCGUGAAACACUACGGUCUCAAUGGAUUUUUCGUGGUGGUCGGUCUUUUGCUCACCGCCGGUGGGGUUUUCAAUCGAGGAGCUUUCACCAAUUGCCUUCCAAUCAUUGAAGAGUUUUGGUACAACAGAAUAAGGUUGGCUUUAUAUUUGAACUGAUGGAUCCGGGAAAUCAGAGGGAUAAACACAAUUUCGGAAUUUCCAGUUCAUCAAGGCUGCUCACGCUGAUUUCGGCGCAACUGAUUGGCGCGACCUUCGCGUCGAAAGUCGCCUACACCAUCUGGAACAACACCAGCCAGUACUCCAAUGCUCAUUUGGAGAACGCGCGGAACACUCAAUGCAUUCUCAAUUACCAUGUUCGCCGAUUCUCUGUCUGAAAAUCGUUACUUUUUGAUUUCAGCAACCAGCAGGUACCGUGAUCGCCUUCGAAGUGAUCGGAGCGGCGACGAUGCGUUUCGUCUGCGGAUAUCUUGCGUCAUCGCCGAAGCUCCGCAAAUUGAUUCCUUUCGCUGUGUCGUUGUAUCUGACUCUGGGUAAGAUUUGGGGUUGAAUAUUCUCAUCCGGAGAAACGGAGCUGUUUGGCUUAAAUUUUUUCAAUUUAAGCAGAAAAAGCAGAAAACAUUAGUUUUAUAAAGUUUUAAGCUCAGAAAUCGGGUUAGAAAUGAUAGAUAGAGAGAGAGAGUAAGAGAACACUUGAUUGAAAAAGAUGAUUGAAAGUUAUUAAGAUUUAAUUUUUCGAAAGUUGCUAUCAGCAAACUUCUUUAAAAAACUAAUGAAUUUCAAAUACUUCCAUCUUUUUUUUAAAUGCUGAGCGUUUGACAACAUUCUUUGAAAAUAAAAAUAGAGGAAAAAUGGUGGUGAUUUCAUAGUCUCCAUCAAAAUCAUUCUUUUUUGCCGUAAAACACUUUUUUACAUCAAAUUCUUUCUUAAUUUUUAUUUUUCAGCGCUGUACGUGAUUGGCGUCCCUGGACUGAACCCUAUAGUGGCCACUUCGAGACUUUUCGGCUGCCAAGGAAUCGACAAUCAAUCUUUCUUCCUGCUUUAUUGGGUGGGUUCCUUGACAAAAAGCUUUUUUUCAGUCUCAAGUGUCUCCAAUAAGCUCUAUUAUCUUGAAACCUCAAGACAUUAUUUGAAAGUUUAGAAGAUCAUGUAGAAGUAUUUGAUAUUAUUUUUCCAUUUCAAUCGGCAGAAUAAUAGGGAGUAUGACAGUUUUUAAAAAGUUUAUAUUAUCUGAUGAUUUUUUUGUAGGAUCAAGUGCGGCGCGGAAAGUUGAGUCUAUCAAAAAUUCUUUUUAAGAAGUAAAUUGCCUCGAAUUCUCAGCGGAGAUAAUUCAAAUUUCUCUUCUUAAAAAAAUUUUAACAAAAACCUGGAAAUUAAAUAUGGCUGUUUAGUAAAAAACAGGUGUUUAAAGGAAAGUUUCCCUCUCAAUCUAGAUUUUUCGUCAAUCGGGAAAAAGUCGUCCAGAGUGGUUGUGUGCUCUGAAUCGUACAGUUUAAAACCCACCGAAUCGAAAAUUUCCACAAAAACAGAGUUUUCUCUCGAAUAAAGAGAAGGAUUUGAGAUCUGCCCAAUCGUCGGCUGGAUGCUGGGCGCGGCGUUGUUCCGCGCCGAUGGGAAUCUUUCUGUCAAGCCAAAAUCGUCCGGGAAGAAAAAGAGAAACUAA